GAAGCGGGGGUGGGGAGGGCAGUAACCUCCCGGGGCACACCGUGGCCCAAGCUCCGCGGAUAUCAGGUCUCCCGGGCUCGCCCACCAGCCUUUGGCCACCGGGCCGGUGCACCAGCCAGUACUCGACCUCCGCAGGCCCGAAGACGUCCUUCCUCGUCGCGGGAGGAUCUACAGCCUUCCCCACACGCGGCCCCGAGCUCACAGUCUCCGCAGGAAAGGGCGGGCCCUGCCGGCUGGCUUUGCUGGGGCCCCGCGUUGCCAUAGGGACCCUGGCAGGGCUUGGGACGCCGGAACGCGCGCUGCGGUCGAUUGAGGCCGGAGGCUGCGGGCGGCGACUCCACCGUUCUCGGCCCAGGACUCCAGAUGCAGGAUCCGCCCCGCAGGAGAGCGCAGCACCCCCUGGCCCACAGAAGCAGCCACCAUGCCUAUCACCAAGUGCCCACCAAAGUCGGAGCCCCUGUGGAAAGCAUGGGACCGGAAGGCCCAGAAGAACGGACUGAGGCACCAGGUGUUCGCUGUCAAUGGUGAUCACUAUGUGGGCAAGUGGAAGGACAACAUGAAACACGGGAAAGGAACACAGGUCUGGAGGAAGAACGGAGCCAUCUAUGAGGGGGACUGGAAAUCUGGGAAGAGAGAUGGCUAUGGCACCCUCAGCCUUUCUGACCAAGAGACCGGAAAGUACAGGAGAGUCUACUCAGGCUGGUGGAAAGGCGAUAAGAAAUGUGGCUAUGGGAUCCAGUUUUUCGGACCCAAGGAGUAUUACGAGGGUGACUGGUGUGGCAACCAGCGCAGCGGUUGGGGCCGCAUGUACUACAGCAACGGAGACAUCUAUGAGGGCCAGUGGUGCAACGACAAGCCGGAAGGGGAGGGCAUGUUACGCCUGAAGAACGGGAACCGCUACGAAGGCAACUGGCAGAGAGGCAUGAAGAAUGGGUGGGGGCGCUUCUUCCACCUGGACCAUGGUCAGCUGUUCGAAGGCCUCUGGGUCGACAACAUAGCCAAGUGUGGCACAAUGAUUGACUGUGGCCGUGAUGAGGCCCCCAAGCCCACCCAGUUCCCCAUUCCUGAGGUCAAAAUUCUAGAUCCUGACGGCGUGUUGGCGGAAGCUUUGGCCACGUUCAAGAAGACACAGGAAGAAGGAGAUUGAUGCCAGCUUGCCCCUGCAGAAAGAACACCAGCGCUUCAGGAGGAAUUCAAACUGGAGUCACCCAACUGCUUGGACCGGUGCAGCUCCCACUGGUAGAGCAAAGGGGGACUUGGGCACACGCUCGGCACCCUCCGAAGGCACCUUGCUCCUCCCAGCACUGGAUCAUUCCUGACCAGUAGGAGGCCAGUGGUCCUCUCCCCAGCUGGCCUUGGGGACGCCUUUAUUCUUGGACCCCAUCCCUGAGCACCCCAGAAUAAAGGAGAGCCUGGCAGCAUGAGCCCGGGGCCUGUGGUGGGUGGCCGGGGUGCGAGGGAGCCUCAGGAGGGGUUUCAGGUAGAGAAGAGGGGUCCCCAUGGGUUGCAUGAAUUUACCUUGGGGCAGAAAGGGGUAGGUGCCUCCAGGUCUCUGAUCUCUGAGAUAUUCCAAGAAGGUAGAGCCUGCAUCUGGUUACAUUGGUCACUAAGAUUUGGCAUUAAAAUGUGACCUGGCUUCUCAGCCUAACACAGGGGCUCCCAACCUUGGAAUCCUGUGGGAGAUUUAAAAGCUAGGAAUGUCUGGAUCCCAUGCCCAGAGAUUCUCAUCUGUCUGGGGUGAGGCCUGGGCCUUCAAAAAGCUCCCCAGCUGACUCUCUGCAGCUGGGGCAGAGAACCUCUGACUUACUGGCUUUGUGAUCCUAAGUAAGUGACCUCAGUUGCCCCAUCUGUAAAAUGGGACUUCAGAUAUCUCACAGAGGUGUUUUGAGGAUUUUCUAGCAGACGUAAAAAUAACAAAUAACAUGUACUAAGAUUAGUUGUAAAGCAGAUUUCUGGGAAGGGCUUUGUAUAAUUCUAGACAACAUUCCUGCAAGAUAAGAGGAACUCUUACAUAAUGGGUAGGAACAGGAGUUCUGCAGUGACUCCUUGAGUGUGAAUCCCAGCACUGACUUACUAGCUGUGUGUUCUUGUGUAUGUCACCCAACCUCUCUGUUCUUCAAGUUUCCUUUCCUCUAAUAUGGGACAAUAACAGUACUUACCACCAGGGGUUAUUGUGGUUACUGGAGAAUGAAAUAAGGUGUGGUUCUAACCCGAGGGAGGGUGGUUUUGUCCCCCUUCCUUCCCCGGGAACAUCUGGCAAAGUCUGGAGACAUUUUUGGUUGUCACAGCUGGCAGGGAAGAAUUCUACUGGCACCCAGUGGGUAGAGGUUGUGAUCCUGCUAAACAUGUUAUGAUGUAAACACUCUACAGAAGAAUUAUUCAACCCAACUUCAACGGUGUAAUACCAUGAAAUAACCCUGAAAUACCACAAUGUUCAUAAAGCCCUCAGCAAGUACCCGGCAUAUAGUAAAGCGUUCACUGAUACUGAAGUUCUCUCUGCCAUCUAAAUGCCAAGCAGGUGGCCCGACCCAUGGCAUCGUUCUCAGUCGGUACCUCUGAAGCCGGGAAGCUGAGCCUGGCUGCCUCUGGACACAUAACCAACCACAGAGCCACUCAGUGCUAGGCCCAGCACUGACAGCUUUACACGGGUGCUCUCCCAUGACCCUUCAACAACCUAUGAGGUGUCCUGCUAUUAUUCGUGUCAUUUUAGAGGAGGAAACUGAGGUUCAGGGAGGCUCACAAGUCACCAAACUAGAAAGUGACUGUGCUUAAACUUAGGCCUGUCCGCUCUUAAGGUGAGAACAGUGGCGGUGCGUAUAGAAAACUACCAUUUUUUCAGAAAAGGUAGGAUGUGUACUUGUUUAUGUACAAAAUGUCUAGAUGGGAACAAAAUAAACUGGCAACAAUGGUUGUCUCUGGGGAGAAUUGGGAACCUGGGAACAGGGGAGGGACAGCAAUUUUUCACUGCUGUGUUUGGAACCUAUGAAUGUAUUAUCUACCCAGGUCUCUGCAGAAGCAGGGAGGUGGGUAUCUUAGGGGAAGGAUGAAAGAGGCCUAGGUUUUCUCUGGCGAGCAGUGGAGAUUUUCACACAGGGGCACCUGCCCCACCCUACUCGGUCCCAGUCAGAGGGCCUUCUGGGGACAGGGGAGGGGUGGGUCCUGGUGUAUAUCAUGCAGGACAGAGGCAAGCUGCAGUAGGAUAAAGGGGUCCCCCUCCUCCACUCAGCCCACCAAGCUGCUGUGGCCAUGUCCAAGUCUGCACAGAAGGACAAAAGCUUAAGGCCACA